UGACACCACCCACCACCCCCGAGAGAGGACUCCAACACCACGCUCGUCGCGAGUAUCGACUCAUCUUCCGUCCCGACACUCGAGCCCUCGGGCACACACCGUCGCAACUGCAAGUAGAGUCGGGACAACUACUUACUCACCCACCAUGGGCUCCCGAUCGCGCGACGUCCCCGACGAAGAGCUCUUUCUGAGCCGACCGCGACCUGCUGAGGACUGCGACAGCCCGACAGUCGGGCCGCUGAGGAUAUUCAAGCCGCAGAGCCCCGUCGGCGAUAAGGUCUCGAACCGGCCCAAAUACCCUGCUCCCCCGUCCUCGUCCUCGCCAGCGGGCUCGGCUUCCUCUCCAGCAUCCAAGUCGGGCAUCGCAUCUCUCCCGCCGCUACCGUCCUUCCCGUUCGGCGCGUCGAGCUCUGCUGCCCCGCUACCUUAUCCCGAAGAGAACUCCAAUCACCAAUCCAAGCCGCAGCAGUCCAAGCCCAGCUGGCUCCCUUACCCAGAUGACGGACCCAAGACGACUCCUCCGGCAGGCAGGGUCUACAGCCCGCCGCCCAUCUCCUCGGGCUCGCCGGCGCAGAAGGAAUCAUUUGCUCGGCCGACAGUAAACACCGGAGAGAAAAAGACGGGCCUUGCCGAGCGGCGCGGGACGGCUCCUAAACCCUUGCAGAGCCCAAUCAGUCCCGCCGGCGGCGACGAUGACGACGCCGGGGGCCUCUUUGCCAAACCCCUGAGGAACCCACCGGCGGCAGCCCCUGCGCCCAAGAUCUCCAACUCUUAUCAGCAGAAGCCCUACUACCCCCCGCCCGGCGGCGCGAGUAGUCUUGCACCGCCCAUCAAUCGCUUCUCGUCUACCGCCUCAAACUCCACAACGCGGGCCAGCCGCGGAUCGCCGCCACCGCCCGAGACACCCAUCGUCGAGCCGGGAACUAUUCCUGGGGGAGGUAUCGAAGCACGCUACGCCGCGGCGGGCAUCUCCGGUACCGGGACUCUCAACGCCCUCCAGGCUCCCAGCGCCGCGGCGCAAUCUAGGCUAGCACAGUACGGCCACCAAGCUCCGGUUGCGCCAACUCCUCCCCAGCCCCGGCCAUGGACACCCACCGAGGCCCCAGGCCAGCAGCCGUUUGGCCCCCCUACUGUGUAUCAGGGCGCCGAUGUAGUGGAAAACCCGACGCCGCCACAGCAAACGCCGGCUUUCAACCUUCCUCAGAAUCCCAACCCGGCCCAGCACCCGGCCCAGCACCCGGCCCAGCACCCGGCCCAGCAGGCCCAGCAGGCGCCGCAGACCUCGCAGGGGCCCGCGGGGGGCGCCCUACAGGUGAGCGUGCUGGAACAGGACUUCCAGCGCAUGCAGGCAUCGACUCCGCCGCCCGCGUACACCAGCGUCAACCCCAACGCGGGCUCGAAAUAUCCCAACGAAAAGCAGCGCCCAACCCAACCGCACCCGAGUUCGAGCGUACCUAACAUCAACACCGCCGCAACUCCGCCUGCCGCUACCUCGAGCGCCCACUCGAUUGCUAGCCCUAUCCCGAUCAGCGCUCCGACACCCCAGAAGCAGAAGCAGAGCCCGCCUGUGGCCGCUGCCGCUGCGAUCCCCGCGCAUAAUGCAGGCCAUCCCGCCUUCGCCCAGGAGACCAAACCCGCCGAGGCACAGAACGGGCAGCCAGCACUGACACACACUCCUUCGCUCCUAGCAGCUACUCAAUCGCCACCUCCGCUGCCCGAGGGUUGGAUCGCCCACCUCGACCAGAACUCGGGCCAGUACUACUACAUCCAUCUGGCGACGCAAGCUACUCAGUGGGAGUUCCCCAAGGGACCUACCCCCUUGAAUCACCACGAUGCCGCACCGCUGUCGCCGACGGCAUCAACCUACGGAAACCCCUUGGCGUCACCACUCCUAGGUGGCGGCAAGGCAGGCCUUGCCUCGCCCAUGUUCCACCCCCAGGGCCACCCCGGAUAUGCCGAGAGCAUCAUGAGCGUCUCGGCAUCUGUGGCGCCUUCAAUGGGGGGGUUCUCCGGCCCGCCUCCCACCGCGGGCGUUGACGUGUACAAAGUCAUGCCUACUAACGGCGUAUACUUCGGGCCGUAUCUACGCUACGUCAAUAUGGAUCUCGAGAAUGGCAUCUGGCACGGCAGCAUUCUACUAGUCACCGACGGGCAGCAGCCUCCGACCAUCCAUCUCCACUUGAGCAUGGACCUCUCCCCGAACCCCCGUCAACUCGUGCCGCAGAACAUCUACGCACACCAGAGGUGGACGUUUUACAAGUACGACAUGGAUCUCCAGAUGUCGGAGCAGGGGACCGAGCGGUGGACGUAUGCCGUGACCUCGCAUCUCGGGUGCACGAGAUACGAGUUUGUGGUUGCUGGUCGCUACGAGGCGGGCUGGCGCAUGAUUGCCCAUUCGGGCAACGACUUUUCCCCAUCGACGAACCAGAAUGAGCGAGCUAAGCUCGGGGGCGUUGGAUUCAUGUGGAAGGAUAUCCUGCAGAAGAACGUCGAGUGCGGCGGCUUCCAUGUUCAGCUCGGUUUGGGUGCUCAGAUCUACGGCGAUCGGCUCUGGAAGGAGGUACCGCUACUAAGGCAGUGGCUUGCGAUGCAGGGGAGGGAGAAUCGCAAGAAUGCCGCGUGGACGGCGAGGCACCAGGAGGAGGUGUCCCACGCAUACUUCCACUACUAUUCCAGUCACUUCGACCAGCCGUUCAUGCGCGAGGCGUUCGCGCAGAUUCCGCAUGUGCUGCAAGUUGACGACCAUGACAUAUUCGACGGUUUCGGCUCGUACCCCGACUACAUGCAGUCGUCGGCCGUGUUCAAGGGCAUCGGCCGCAUCGCCAUGGACAUGUAUUUGCUCUUCCAGCAUCACACCACCGUCGAGAUCCUGCGCAACGUCAGCUCCGACAUGGACCUGUUCACCAUCACGGGCGCCGGCUGGCAUUUUGUUAAGUACCUUGGUCCCGCCGUCGUUGCGAUCGGACCGGAUUGCCGGUCGGAGCGCACCCAGGCGCGCGUCAUGGCGGGACAGACAUACCAAGGGAUAUUCCCCAAAGUGGCUACGCUCCGCCCCAGUGUACAACACUGCAUCUGGAUGGUGUCGGUACCCGUCGUGUACCCGCGACUCGAGACGGUCGAAACGCUGGCCAACACCUUCGCUACCGGCAAGAAGGCGGUUAACACGACGUACAACAUCCUCGGCAAGGUGACUAGCUCAGUGGCGGGCGUGGUCGGCGGCAAGGAGAUGGUGCAGCACGGGUUUAAGGAAGUCAAGAAGGCUGUUGGCAAGACCGGCCUGAUGGGCAACGUGCUCAACCAAUUUGGCGAGUUCGACAUCGGUGAGGAGCUUAAGGAUCUCUGGACGCAUGACUCCAAGGAUCUCGAGCGGACCUACCUCAUCCGCACCCUGCAGGGCAUUGCCCAACAAAAGGGCAUCCGGAUGACUUUCUUGUCUGGCGACGUCAACUGCGCCGGCGCAGGCCUCCUGCACGACCCGUCGCACCCGUCCGACCACAAGACCAUGUACCAAGUCAUCGCCUCCCCCGUCGUGGCCGCCCCCUGCUCCAACUACCUCCUCAAGAUGCUGCACAACAACAAACUCCUGUACGUCCCGCAGAACGGCCACAAAUCAACCAACGAGGUGUCCGACACCAAGGAGGACAUGAUGGAGAUCUUCCACACCGACGCCUCGGGCGGCGCCCGCGAGUACAAGAAGCUCAUGGCCCGCCGCAACUACGUCGCCAUCGUCGCCUACGACCCGGACGGCGCCGCCGGCCAGCCCCAGACGGGCGGCUACGCGGCGAGCAUCGCUAGUAGUGGUGGCCACUCGGGCGGGCUGAGCAAGCUGAGUCUGGCGGUGGAUUUCGUGGUGCAGGGGGAUGGUAUGUAUACGGGCACGACCAAGUAUGGGCCGGUGAUUGUGCCGCAUUUGGAGUAUGGGCAUUAGUUUGGGGGGUAGGCUGUUUGGGGAGUCUCUUGAUGGGUUUGGUUGGUGGGGAGGUGGUGGAUGGAGAGCGGGGGAGGGGAAUGAGAAGGGAUGGUGUCGGACGAUGAGAGUGACGAUGUGGAUGUGUGUUGUUGUUGUUUUUGACUUGUUACGGAUUUUGCUCGAAUGU